UUUGAAGAAUCUGAGAUAACCAAAAAAAAAGAGAUACGAGGAUAUCGUUGAACGAUGAUUGUCAAAUCUAAUUAAAUGUUUAUGCAAAUGAUGGCUCAGAACAACCAAUUUCAUCGAUUAAAAUAUCAUUUUGUGGCGUUGUUAAAUCAACCAUGUAAAUUCAUCUACUGAAUAAUAAGUCAAGUAGUUUAGUUCUACUUUUAUAGAAAAGCAUUUACUUGGAUUACAAAAUUCACUAAAAUUAACACUAUGAAGCGAAAAUCAAACAUCGAUCACUUCCAUUCUUAUGGCAUACGUUGGUGUUUGACGAAACCUCAUCACGGAUUCAGAAAGCUCGUUUGGUUCUUGCCGUCUUAUAUCACCACCUAUGGCGAAGGCGAGAUAUCCGUCUAUCAAUUAAUGGAUGAAUAUACUACGCGGCAGUUCGUUCUGCUCUACUUUACGGCUGCGAAACGUGGCCAUCAAGGGUAGAAGAUACUCGUAAGUUACUAGAAUUUGACCGCAGAUGUCUUAUAAAUAUUGCUCGCAUCUACUGGGAUCACUGGGUAAGUAAAUGUGAGGUUAGACGCAGGGUAUUAGGGAAUGAUGGUAAAGUAGUUGAUGAGGUUGUGAAUUUUCAUCGACUGAGAUGGUUGGGCCACGUGUUACGUAUGCCUGAACACCGACCACUACGAUGCGCAAUGCUGACUAGUGUUGGAAACGGAUGGAAGGAAGUUGGGGGUGACAGAACCAGAACGUGACAUCAAUCCACAAAGUCACUAACUUGUGGUGUGAGCCAUGUUGAUAGAAGUGGACUACUUGGUUGGGGUCCGCGUGACAUGGUUGAGAAUCGAUCACAAUGGCAUAGGUGUAUGAACUUUCUGUCUUCCCUUAAACUCUGAGAUUAAAAUUGCUUCAUAUCUUUCUACCGACUAAUUCUUUCUUUCUGUACUACAUCCUUAUAUGCAAACUUUCUUUAAUACAUUACUACCAUUGAAGUAACUACUUCUCUGAAUUUAGUGUUCAUCUUAUUGCGCUAAUGAGGUAUGGCAACUUGGACCGAUGCACAUAUGUGCCUGGUCCUACGAUGUAACUGAUUGACUGUACGUCAAGAUUAUGUAUGAACCAAUUGAAACCUGUGCCACUACAUAUAUUUAUUUAUUUAUUUAUCUAUAUACCUACACACAUAUUUUAUAUCUGAAGCCAAGCUACUAAAUUCUCACUUCAUCGCAUUUUUAAUAAGGUCAAAAGUAUGACACUCUUGUUGAUAUAAAUAGUGUCUGUUUUGAAAUUAGAAAUUACUACAAGGUAGCACUGUGAAGACAAUUAGUGAACGGCUACUCAAUUCAUCCGCAUACAUAUUGUAAAUCUUCUAAAAUAUAAUAAUGGCUGAACGUAAACCAUUAAUCAGUAAUGCCGAUAUGUCCGAUGAUAUGCAACGAGAGGCUGUUAAUUGUGCUUCACGAGCUCUAGAGAAAUCUAGUAUCGAAAAAGAUAUAGCAGCAUUCAUUAAGAAAGAAUUUGACAAGAAAUACAAUCCUACAUGGCAUUGUAUUGUUGGAAGAAAUUUCGGAAGUCAUGUGACGCAUGAAACCAAAAGUUUCAUCUACUUUUAUAUGGGCAAUGUAGCAAUUCUUCUAUUCAAAUCCGGUUAA